AAAGGGAGUGUCGCGCAACAUAUCCAGCAGGUCGCAAUCAAAGACACUGAGCCCUCUCGGAGCGCCUCGUAGCACUCUCUCGCUCUGGAACAAAAUUUCUCAGAGUUUCCACCGAUUAAUUCAACUCAUCGUUAAUUGCUUUGGGUUGCUCCGUGAUCGAGUUUUGAAUUCGGGGAUGGAGCUUGCUUGAGCUAGGGUUCGAUGAAUCCAAAUGUGAACAUGCACGCGUUUGCUCGUAUUUUUUGGAUUCCGCUUCGAUUCGUUUUUGUUGCGCUGCGUUCUAGUUGGAUUUUUUUUGGCGGUGAUUUCGCGAUUGCAUGGGCUGCCUGGAAGUUGCAAUUAGCCCAUAAGAACACUUUCUAGAAAUAUAUGACCUUUGCCUUCUCAUUCGAGGAAUAAAAAUGUCAGGGAUACUCAAUUCUGGCUUGAGUGGAUCGAAUUCAAAUCUUUCAGAAAACCCUGGAAGAGGUUUCGCAACUUCCUUUCCCGCGCAGUCUGGUUCAGCAGGCGCCAUUUUACAGUCCAGUGCAAACAUUCUUCAUGGUAACUUUAACAUGCCAAAUAUGCCUGGGCCAUAUUCAUCCAGAAAUUCUACAAAUCUUGGUGGUCUUCCAAAUUCUGUCCAGCAGGCUCCUGGAACUAUAUCUAGUGGGAGAUAUCCAAUAAGUAGUCUUCCUAAUGCACUUUCUCAGCUAUCUCUUGGGGGUACGCAUGGACAUUCAGGUGUUGCAAAUACUGGAGGCCCGGGUGUGCUUCCGAACAUGGGAAAUGCAGGGAGAGUUGGAAAUUCUGUAGGUGGCCUUGUUGGGGGAGGCAAUACUUCUAGAGUUGCAAACUCUAAUGGGAUGGCAAACAUUCCGGGUCUUGGUUCUCGCAUGAACUUGAAUGCUCCACAGGUGGCGUCCGUGCUAGGCAAUUCUUAUUCUGGUUCUGGAUUGCCACUCUCUCAAAACCAAUUCCAAUCUGGGAAUAAUAAUUUUAGUUUUAUGGCUUUACUAAAUGACAGCCUUGAUAAUACUUCUUUUGAUGUAAAUGAAUUUCCGCAACUAUCUGGGCGGCCACCUUCUGCUGGUGGUUCUCAUGGUCAAUUAGGUUUGCUGCAAAAGCAUAAUCUUGGGUUUGCACAACAGAACCAGGAAUUCAGUAUUCAGAAUGAGGACUUCCCUGCUUUACCUGGGUACAAAGGUGGGCUAAACAUUGGUGGUACUGCUGAAUAUACAGUAAAUCCACACCCAAAAGAACAGAUCCAUGACAGUAUGCCUAAUUUAAUGCAGUCUCAGCAAUUAUCUAUGGGGAGGUCUUCAGGCUUUAACUUUGGAGGCUCGUAUCCAUCACAUCAUCCCCAGCAACAUCCCCAACAACAUCGAUCUUCUGCAAUGAACAAUUCUGGGGUUUCGUACCUAUCCUCUGGCAAUCAAGAUCUCCAUUUUCAUGGUCCUGAGCAGUACCCGCAAUUUCAGCAAAAUCAAUCUCGUUUCAUGCAUCAUUUUAGAGAGAAAGAUAUGCAUUCUGUUCCGGGUUCUCAAAUUGUCCCAGAUCAGUAUGGAAUGCUUGGCUUGUUAAACAUAAUUAAAAUGGUCAAUCCAUCUGUGACCUCUCUUGCAUUGGGACUUGAUUUGACUACACUGGGACUGAAUUUAAAUUCGCCUGAGACACUCCACAAGAAGUUUGCUUCCCCCUGGGCUGAGGAACCUGUCAGAGGAGAGCCAGAGUACAAAAUUCCAGAGUGUUAUUAUGCCAAACAACCUCCUGCAUUAAAGGCAAGCCACUUUGCAAGAUUCCGGCCAGAAACGUUGUUUUAUAUCUUUUACAGCAUGCCGAGAGAUGAAGCCCAACUUUAUGCUGCACAUGAACUUCAUAACAGAGGAUGGUUCUACCACCGCGAGCACCGCUUAUGGUUCACCAGGGUAAAGAACAUGGAACCUCUCGUCCAGACAAGCACUUAUGAGAGAGGCUGCUACUACUGUUUCGAUCCCAACACCUGGCAGACAAUCAGAAAGGAUAACUUUGUCUUGCAGUAUGACUUGAUCGAGGCUAAGCCGGUUAUCCCUGUUCAGCAGCCUUGAUGGUUCUAUGCUCCUUAGGUUGCCUAAAUUAUAGUAUACAAAUUACAAUAUUUCAAAAGAAGUGCAAUGCACAUACCGUACUCUGAACCUCCCCUGAUUUGACUAUAUCCAUGUUUCCAUGGACAUCGGAUUAAUGUAACUUUUGAGGACUUCCAUUCUCUGAGUUUUUGCAUCUUGCUUGUUUUAGUUUAGAUUAUAUUUCUGGUUUC